UUUCAUUGAGCUGGAGUGAAGUACGGAGACCUCCAGAUGGAGCCUGCUUGGCGACAGCAGGGCAGGGGUCGAGGCCGGGGUCAAGGACGUGGGCAAACCACAGGUGACCCUAUUGGCCUGAGACCCCAAAGAGACGUUCCCAAAGAUGGUGGUGUCUGGUCUGGCAAGGGGAGAGGAGGGCAGGCAGUGACCACUGCGCCUAAAACUGAUAAUAUGGAAGUCCAGAGUAAAGUUGCUUCGUCACAGUCGAGGUUCGAUGAAAUCAGGAAGUCCAACCAGGCGGCAGCCCAGCGAUUUGCAGAGGCUCAGUACAGUUCCUCUUCAGAGGAUGACGAUGAGGAUGAAGAGGCAUCAGAUGGACUGGGAAAGCGUGGGAAGAUCCUGGAGUCAACCUUUACCUCCUACGCCAGUCAAACAGGUGGUGAUGUGACUGAUUUGGAGCGCACACGUCAGUAUCUGAACGAAGCUUUCCAGUCAGGGGCCAUCACCUGCCUUAUCUGCAUUGCAUCUGUGAAAAGGACCCAGGCAGUAUGGAGUUGCGUUGGGUGUUAUUGCAUUUUUCACAUCCCGUGUAUUCAAAAGUGGGCAAAGGAUUCCAUAUUCCUGGUAUCCUCAAUCACAGAUGAGGAUUUUGGGAAGAAAGACCACCCUUGGCCAUGCCCCAAGUGUCGACAUGAGUACACACCCCAGGAGACACCCAGUCGGUACCACUGUUACUGCGGUAAGGAGGCCGACCCAGUCCCAGACCCCUGGCUCCUACCACACUCCUGUGGUCAGGUGUGUGACCGGGAGUUUAAACCACCCUGUGGACACCACUGCUUGUUACUCUGCCACCCAGGGCCCUGUCCUCCGUGUCCCAAGAUGGUGAGUGUGUCGUGUCUUUGUGGGAAGUCCCAGCCUGUACCUCGUCGCUGCAGUGCCAAAGCCUGGACCUGCAGACAGCUAUGUGGACGGCCUUUACCCUGCAGACAACACACCUGCAACAACACCUGCCACUCAGGUGAGUGUGAGCCGUGCCCACGGGUGAGUGUGCAGAAGUGUGUAUGUGGCAGAAAGGAAGCUGAGCGCCAGUGUGCUGAGCCCACGUGGCACUGCGACCAGGUGUGUGGGCGCCCCCUCCCCUGUGGUAAUCACACAUGUGAACGAGUGUGUCAUGAUGGUGUGUGUGGAGAGUGCCCUCGUGCAGGAAACCGUUUGUGCCCUUGUGGAAAGACCAAGUGUGUCCUGCCAUGCACCGCUGACGUGCCCACCUGUGGAGACACCUGUGAGAAAAAACUAGACUGUGGUUUACACACCUGCUCCAUGCGCUGCCACAGAGGCCCCUGUGAAACGUGCCGCCAGGAGGUUGAGAAGCAGUGCCGCUGUGGGCGGUAUACCCGGCGAAUGCCCUGUCAUAAGGAAUAUCUGUGUGAGUCUAAAUGUAAUCAGACACGCAGCUGCAAACGCCACCAGUGCAAAAGGAAGUGUUGCCCGGGUAACUGUCCACCUUGUGACCAGAGCUGCGGUCGAACCCUUGGCUGCAGGAACCAUAAGUGUCCCUCCAUCUGCCACCAGGGUAGCUGCUACCCAUGUCCUGAAAUGGUGGAGGUGAAAUGCCAGUGUGGCUCCACCUCUCUGUCUGUGCCGUGUGGGAGAGAGAAGAGUACUAAACCACCUCGCUGUAAAGAGCUGUGCAGGAAACCACCUACGUGCCACCACCCUAGCCGAGAGAGACAUCGCUGCCACUUUGGUCCCUGCCCUCCCUGUAAACAGCCAUGCCAACUUGCCCUGCCCGACUGUGCCCACCUGUGUCCCGCCCCGUGCCACGACCAGAUCAUGGUCAAAUCCUCUGAUAAGACUCAGCUGGCAGGUCCAUGGGAACAGCCCUCAGCUCCAGCGUUUGUUUGUAAAGCUUUGCCGUGCCCGCCCUGCCAGGUUCCCAUACCCACGGCAUGUCUGGGAGAGCAUGAGGUGAGCCCUGUCCCGUGCCAUGCGCGUGGCCCCUUCUCCUGUAAGCGAGCCUGCGGCCGAACUUUGACCUGCGGUAACCAUAGCUGCACACUGGAGUGUCACAGCGUGACCCCCAGCCUGAGCGGAGACAGAACCGAGGCUGGGAAGGAGUGCCUGCAGUGUGAGGAGGGCUGCUCUAAGCCCCGGCCCGCCGGCUGCCCCCACCCCUGCUCGCUGCCUUGUCACCGUGGCAACUGCCCCCCCUGCACCCAGAUGAUUCGCCUGCGAUGCCAUUGCAAGAUCAGCGCCGUCUUCAUAGAGUGUCUGAAGCUAUGCUCUGCUGAUGAUGAAGGCAAAAAACUAUUGACUUCCUGCAAGAAUCAGUGUCCUAAACAGUUGAGCUGUGGUCAUCGCUGUAAAGAGCUCUGUCACCCUGGAGACUGUGAAGAGAAUUGCUCUCAGAAGGUUAAAGUGAGAUGUCCUUGUAAACGGAUCAAAAAGGAGUUUCCAUGUUCCCGUACCAGGCAAGAGGAGGACCUGGUUGUCUGUGAUGACACCUGUCGAGAAAUACAGAGGAAAGCUGCUGAGGCCCAAGAAGCAGAGGAGCGAGCAGCUCAAGAGGAGGAGAGAAGGAAACAGCAGGCUGAGUUGGAGGCCUUUGAAAAACGACAUAAAGGGAGGAAGAGGAAAAACAGAAGGAAUACAGAGGCGGAGACUGAAGAAGGGGUGUGGCUUAAAUACAGAAAGUACCUGCUGGUGCCCGUUUGUGGGGUGCUGUUGGCCAUGGGCACAUACUACCUGCUGCUGCAGACCAAUUAGAGUGCAGGCAGAUAACACCCACCUCUGUUGAAUUACAGACUCCUUACACUUUGCAAAGAUGGAUGGAGAAAUAAACGAAUCAAGUUAAAGAUGUCCCACAGAGGUCGAGCACAUGAAGCAGGUGUGCUGUACGGUGUAAGGAUGUCUUGUCUAGUUCACUUAUUGAUGAACCACUGUGGCUCAGUGCUUUGCUGCCUAUUUAGCAUUCAGUUACUUCAAUCUUUAAUUGUUUUGCAGGAGAUCAGUAGUAUCAGAAAGAAUUUGAACUGUUGAAUAUUUUCCCAUUUGCGAUUUGACAAAACCAGGUACAGGGGGGCAGUCCCACAUAUUUGAAACAGGUAGAACUUUGUGUGAGCUGCUAGACUGUGUUGAUACCUGUGUCACUGUAAUGAUGUGCUUAUGUAGCCAACUAUUUUGAUACACCUUAUGUAUACCAUUGCCACUCUAAAAAAAAUCCAUCUCUAAAAAUUCUCCCAGACUCAUUGCACCACCCACAGCUGGUUUCCACAGUUUAAAGGUGUGCAGAGGCCACAUGUGCAGAGGUCAGAGCACACUGUUCAAUGCUCUCUUUUCUGUCAGAACGAUUAAAGCUGUGGUGUAUUUCAUGUAUAGUUAUGAGCACAUUGAUGCGACCAGUGUACUCCUGUGCCAUGUCAUCGCCUAAUUUAAACAUUUCGAGGUCGCUUAUAAAUUAUAUGUUUAUAUCCAUAUACGAGAUGAGAAUUCCAGGUUAUUGAAGAGUGUCUAUCCAUGAAUUACACUUUUUUUUAGAUGAAUGGUUCCACUGGACGAAUGAAAAUCUGAUCAAUUUAGAAAAUGGCAUUUAAGGAUGAUAAGCAGUUUCGUUUUGAACGUUGUGUCUUAGUUGUUAAUAAGGUAUGCGUAUUUGAUUUCACGGCGAUUUAGAAUGGUUCAGCUAAAAUUUUGUUUCGCCUUAUACCCUGGUUUAAAAAAUAGC